AUGGCUGAGGAGAAGAAGACCGCUACUAUUAAACUUUAUCGCGACAAUGUGCCCCGAAUCACCAUCACUUACAAGAACAAGAAGGAUCUUUACAAGACUUUCCAGAAGAAGCUGAGGGAACUUAACCUUCCCAUUGGUGAUAUUUAUCACGCUGACUGGGACAAUGAUCGUACUGAAAUCAAAAGUCCUGAAGACCUAUUUGCUGCUGUCGUUGACAACACGAACGUGAAGAUGUUCUAUCGUCCCAGUGCUAAGAAGGAGAUGUUCAAGUGUCCCAGCUGUGACGAAGAAGACGAUGACGAGGAUCAGGUUGAAGAGAAUCGCGAAAGAAAAGAUUUGAAUGAGGUUCACGAGCACAGAUCUCGCUCUCCAUGUCGUGAUCACCAUCGACGUCAUCGUUCUCCAUCGGACUCGCCAUAUCCUGAACGCAGAGGUCAUCGUUCAAAAUCCGGCCCUCCAUCUCAUCGACGUCAUCGUUCUCCAUCUGACAUGCCCUCCCCUGACCGUAGACGACAUCGUUCAAGAUCCGGCUCACCAUCACAUCAUCGACGUCACCGUUCAAGAUCCGGGUCUCCACAUCAUCGACGUCAUCGUUCAAGAUCCUGGUCUCCAUCUCACCAUCGACGCCACCGUUCGAGAUCCUGGUCUCCAUCCCCCGAUCGCAGACGCGGUCGAUCCCGAUCUCGUGGACAUGGUCGCCACCAUCGCCACUAUCCUAUGCCACCAUGCUUCCCUCCUUGGUACCCAUGGAUCCCUCCAUGCCCUCCUCCUCACCGUCACCACUCUAGAGGAGGACAUGGACAUGGAAGAGAUAGAAGCCGUGACUACAGCUGUGAUCGCCUGUGCAAUGAAUUCAAAAAUCUGUAA